AGAUAUCGUGAGCAUAUUGAAAGGUUUGUCUUUAAAAAAUGACAUUUCACCUUAAAGGGGGUUUUACUUGUGAUACAAAGUUGAUUUAAUGGUCUUAGUAUCAAAAUACAUGUUUGUUUAUAGUUGCUAAGAAUUGUCAGUUUAGGAUUUUAUAAGGAGAUAUUCAGAAAUUUGGUAUUUCAAAAUCAGACGUCAUUCUUGGUAGUACUAGUCAUUUUACUUUGAUAUGUUUUAUAAUGCUGUUUUAUACCGUAACUCAGUUAUACAGACUGACAUUGUGAAUUUGCCUUUUACAGCGUAGCUGAUGAGUCUGAUAUUUGAGUAUCACUGAACUGAAGAAGUUGCUCAUAGCUGAUAUUCCAAUUGAAAACUGUAUUAUUUGGCCACAGCAUGGUUUGUGUAAAACUCAAGUUUUGGCACACAUAUAAUCUGCAGAGUAGCUUUAACCACUAUGAAUUUAUUUCCCAGUAUUUUCGACCCAGUUGUGGAAGAAGGACUCUGGGAAAAUGGCCUUUCCUAUGAAUGUAGGACGCUGCUCUUCAAAGCGAUCCACAAUCUGUUAGAAAGGUGCCUAAUGGAUAAGAACUUCGUUAGGAUUGGGAAAUGGUUUGUCCGACCCUACGAAAAGGAUGAAAAGCCAGUCAACAAAAGUGAGCAUUUGUCCUGUGCUUUCACAUUCUUUCUACAUGGAGAAAGUAAUGUGUGCACAAGUGUGGAGAUUGCCCAGCACCAGCCAAUUUAUUUGAUCAAUGAGGAGCAUAUACACAUGGCCCAGUCUUCACCUGCACCAUUUCAAGUACUGGUAAGUCCUUAUGGCUUAAAUGGGACGCUAACAGGCCAAGCAUACAAGAUGUCAGACCCAGCCACUCGUAAGUUGAUUGAGGAAUGGCAGUAUUUCUACCCGAUGGUGCUAAAAAAGAAAGAGGAAUCGAAAGAGGAAGACGAGUUGGGAUAUGAUGAUGAUUUCCCUGUGGCAGUUGAAGUAAUUGUUGGUGGUGUUCGGAUGGUUUACCCUUCAGCAUUUGUUUUGAUCUCUCAGAAUGACAUCCCGGUUCCUCAGAGUGUUGCCAGUGCUGGAGGCCACAUUACAGUUGGGCAGCAAGGGCUUGGUAGUGUGAAGGACCCAAGUAACUGUGGGAUGCCUCUGACCCCUCCCACCUCUCCAGAACAGGCCAUCCUAGGUGAGAGUGGAGGUAUGCAGAGUGCUGCCAGUCACCUAGUUUCCCAAGAUGGGGGGAUGAUAACUAUGCACAGUCCAAAGAGAUCGGGGAAGAUUCCUCCAAAACUCCACAAUCAUAUGGUCCAUCGAGUCUGGAAGGAAUGCAUCCUCAACAGAACCCAGUCCAAGAGGAGCCAAAUAUCAACUCCAACUCUUGAAGAAGAGCCUGCUAGCAAUCCUGCUACUUGGGAUUUUGUGGAUCCUACCCAAAGAGUCAGCUGUUCUUGUUCCAGGCAUAAGCUUUUAAAACGUUGUGCAGUAGGACCCAAUCGACCUCCCACAAUGUCUCAACCAGGGUUCAGUGCAGGACCAUCAUCAUCUUCAUCUUUACCACCUCCUGCUUCUUCUAAGCACAAAACAACAGAAAGACAGGAAAAAGGAGACAAGCUGCAGAAGAGACCCUUAAUCCCGUUUCACCAUAGGCCCUCCGUGGCCGAAGAGUUAUGCAUGGAGCAAGAUGCGCCAGGACAGAAACUAGGGUUGGCAGGGAUCGACUCCUCCUUAGAGGUGUCUAGCAGUAGGAAGUAUGAUAAGCAAAUGGCCGUGCCUUCCAGAAAUACAAGCAAGCAAAUGAAUCUGAAUCCUAUGGAUUCACCUCAUUCCCCUAUAUCCCCUCUGCCGCCAACACUCAGCCCUCAGCCACGAGGUCAGGAAACAGAGAGUUUGGACCCACCGUCUGUCCCUGUGAAUCCAGCCCUCUAUGGAAAUGGACUAGAACUCCAGCAGUUGUCUACUCUGGAUGACAGAACUGUCCUCGUAGGCCAAAGACUGCCUCUCAUGGCAGAGGUCAGCGAGACAGCCUUAUAUUGUGGGAUUAGGCCCUUGAACCCAGAGUCAUCAGAAAAGUGGUGGCAUAGUUAUCGUCUCCCACCCAGUGAUGAUGCUGAGUUCAGGCCUCCAGAGCUCCAGGGUGAGAGAUGUGAUGCCAAAAUGGAGGUAAACUCAGAGAGCACUGCAUUGCAAAGACUCUUAGCACAACCUAACAAACGGUUUAAAAUCUGGCAAGACAAACAGCCCCAGAUGCAGCCACUCCACUUCCUUGACCCAUUGCCUCUAUCGCAACAACCUGGAGACAGUAUGGGAGAAGUGAAUGACCCAUAUACCUUCGAAGAUGGUGACAUAAAAUACAUCUUUACAGCCAACAAGAAAUGCAAACAAGGGACGGAGAAAGAUUCCCUGAAAAAGAAUAAGUCAGAGGAUGGAUUUGGUACCAAGGAUGUCACUACACCAGGUCAUUCCACGCCGGUGCCUGAUGGGAAAAAUGCCAUGUCUAUUUUCAGUUCUGCUACUAAAACAGAUGUCCGGCAGGAUAAUGCUGCUGGCAGAGCUGGCUCCAGUAGCCUUACGCAGGUAACAGAUUUGGCACCUUCCCUGCAUGACUUAGACAACAUCUUUGAUAAUUCUGAUGACGACGAACUUGGGGCUGUAUCACCUGCUCUGCGCCCAUCAAAAAUUCCUACGGUUGGGACAGAAGACCGACCUCUUGGGAAGGAUGGAAGAGCUGCUGUUCCUUAUCCACCAACAGUUGCAGACUUGCAAAGGAUGUUUCCCACUCCACCGUCUUUGGAACAGCAUCCUGCAUUUUCUCCUGUGAUGAAUUAUAAAGAUGGGAUCAGCUCAGAGACAGUGACAGCAUUAGGCAUGAUGGAGAGCCCUAUGGUCAGUAUGGUUUCAACACAACUCACAGAAUUCAAAAUGGAAGUGGAGGAUGGAUUAGGAAGUCCCAAGCCUGAGGAAAUUAAGGACUUUUCAUAUGUGCACAAAGUUCCAUCCUUUCAACCUUUUGUGGGAUCCUCCAUGUUUGCUCCACUGAAGAUGUUGCCGAGCCAUUGUUUGCUACCUCUGAAGAUACCUGAUGCCUGUCUGUUUCGGCCUUCAUGGGCAAUUCCUCCUAAAAUUGAACAACUGCCCAUGCCCCCUGCAGCCACUUUCAUUAGAGAUGGCUACAAUAACGUGCCUAGUGUUGGGAGCCUAGCAGAUCCAGACUAUCUGAACACACCACAGAUGAACACACCUGUGACGUUGAACAGCGCUGCCCCAGCCAGCAAUAGUGGGGCAGGAGUCCUACCAUCUCCAGCAACCCCUCGCUUCUCUGUCCCCACACCACGAACCCCCAGGACCCCAAGAACUCCCAGAGGUGGGGGCACUGCCAGUGGUCAAGGGUCUGUUAAGUAUGAUAGCACCGAUCAAGGGUCACCAGCCUCCACCCCCUCUACUACACGGCCCCUCAACUCUGUGGAGCCCGCCACCAUGCAACCAAUUCCCGAAGCCCACAGCCUCUAUGUUACCCUGAUUCUCUCUGAUUCCGUGAUGAAUAUCUUUAAAGACAGAAACUUUGACAGCUGUUGCAUCUGUGCCUGCAACAUGAACAUCAAAGGGGCAGAUGUCGGGCUUUACAUCCCCGAUUCUUCCAAUGAGGACCAGUACCGCUGUACCUGUGGGUUUAGUGCGAUUAUGAACCGCAAACUUGGCUACAAUUCGGGACUCUUCCUUGAAGAUGAGUUGGAUAUUUUUGGGAAGAAUUCUGAUAUUGGUCAGGCUGCAGAGAGGCGCUUAAUGAUGUGUCAGUCUACCUUCCUUCCUCAGGUGGAAGGAACCAGAAAACCCCAGGAGCCACCCAUAAGCCUUCUCCUCCUCCUCCAGAAUCAACACACACAACCUUUUGCUUCACUGAGUUUCCUGGACUACAUUUCCUCUAACAAUCGCCAAACUCUUCCCUGUGUAAGCUGGAGUUAUGACCGGGUGCAAGCAGAUAAUAACGAUUACUGGACGGAAUGCUUUAAUGCGUUGGAGCAGGGGCGGCAGUAUGUGGAUAACCCCACUGGUGGAAAAGUGGACGAAGCUCUGGUGAGAAGUGCCACUGUGCACUCUUGGCCUCACAGCAAUGUGCUGGACAUCAGCAUGCUCUCCUCCCAGGAUGUGGUUCGUAUGCUAUUGUCCCUGCAGCCCUUUCUCCAAGAUGCCAUCCAAAAGAAGCGCACGGGCAGGACCUGGGAGAACAUCCAGCAUGUACAGGGACCACUCACUUGGCAGCAGUUCCAUAAAAUGGCAGGACGGGGAACCUACGGUUCAGAAGAAUCUCCUGAGCCGUUGCCCAUCCCCACUCUGCUGGUAGGCUGUGACAAGGAUUUCCUCACCAUCUCGCCAUUCUCCUUGCCAUUUUGGGAGAGGCUCUUGUUGGACCCAUAUGGGGGCCACCGUGAUGUUGCCUAUAUUGUGGUGUGUCCAGAAAAUGAGGCCUUGCUCGAAGGAGCCAAAACUUUCUUCAGGGACUUGAGUGCUGUAUACGAGAUGUGUAGGCUUGGGCAGCACAAGCCCAUCUGCAAAGUGCUACGUGACGGGAUCAUGCGCGUGGGAAAAACCGUGGCACAGAAGCUGACAGAUGAGCUUGUGAGUGAGUGGUUUAACCAGCCUUGGAGUGGCGAGGAGAAUGACAAUCAUUCCAGACUCAAACUUUAUGCGCAAGUUUGCCGCCAUCACCUAGCACCUUAUUUAGCCACUCUGCAGCUUGAUAGCAGCCUGUUGAUACCACCUAAAUACCAGACCCCACCAGCAGCAGCACAGGGACAGGCUACGCCUGGGAAUGCUGGGCCCUUAGCUCCAAAUGGAUCAGCAGCUCCCCCAGCUGGCAGUGCAUUUAACCCCACCUCGAAUAGUAGUACUACAAAUCCUGCAGCAAGUAGUUCCGCAUCUGGUUCCUCUGUGCCACCGGUCUCAUCGUCUGCCUCUGCUCCUGGUAUUAGCCAGAUAAGCACUACCUCUUCUUCAGGAUUCAGUGGUAGUGUUGGAGGGCAGAACCCCAGCACUGGGGGCAUUUCUACGGAUAGAACUCAAGGGAACAUAGGCUCUGGCGGAGACACUGACCCCGGGCAGAGCUCUUCUCAGCCCUCACAGGAUGGACAAGAGAGUGUUACAGAAAGGGAGAGAAUAGGAAUUCCCACCGAGCCUGACUCUGCAGACAGCCAUGCCCACCCUCCAGCCGUUGUCAUUUACAUGGUGGACCCAUUCACUUAUGCUGCAGAGGAGGACUCCACUUCUGGGAACUUUUGGCUGUUGAGCUUGAUGCGCUGCUACACAGAAAUGCUGGAUAAUUUACCUGAGCAUAUGAGAAAUUCUUUCAUUCUCCAGAUUGUGCCUUGCCAGUACAUGCUGCAGACAAUGAAGGAUGAGCAAGUUUUCUACAUUCAAUACUUGAAGUCCAUGGCAUUUUCAGUGUACUGCCAGUGCAGGCGACCAUUGCCUACACAGAUCCACAUUAAAUCCCUCACGGGAUUUGGGCCUGCAGCCAGCAUUGAGAUGACACUCAAGAACCCUGAGCGGCCCAGCCCAAUCCAGCUUUACUCCCCUCCCUUUAUAUUGGCCCCAAUCAAAGACAAGCAGACAGAGCUGGGAGAGACGUUUGGUGAGGCGAGCCAGAAAUACAAUGUGCUCUUCGUGGGCUAUUGUCUGUCUCAUGACCAGCGCUGGCUUUUGGCUUCCUGCACUGACCUCCAUGGGGAAUUAUUGGAGACCUGCGUUGUAAAUAUUGCUUUACCAAGCAGGUCACGGAGGAGUAAAGUAUCUGCACGUAAAAUUGGACUACAGAAGUUAUGGGAAUGGUGCAUAGGGAUUGUCCAAAUGACAUCUCUGCCCUGGAGAGUUGUAAUCGGGCGACUUGGGCGUCUUGGCCAUGGGGAGCUUAAAGAUUGGAGUAUCCUCCUUGGAGAAUGUUCACUACAGACAAUCAGCAAAAAGCUCAAGGAUGUGUGCCGGAUGUGUGGAAUCUCUGCCGCAGACUCUCCUUCUAUCCUUAGUGCCUGCCUGGUUGCCAUGGAGCCCCAGGGGUCCUUUGUAGUGAUGCCAGAUGCUGUCACAAUGGGCUCUGUUUUUGGCCGAAGUACUGCACUGAACAUGCAGUCAUCUCAGCUCAACACCCCUCAAGAUGCUUCUUGUACACACAUCUUGGUGUUCCCAACAUCAUCAACCAUCCAGGUGGCUCCAGCCAACUACCCCAAUGAAGAUGGGUUUAGCCCUAACAAUGAUGAUAUGUUUGUUGACCUUCCAUUCCCAGAUGAUAUGGACAAUGAUAUUGGCAUAUUAAUGACUGGGAACCUCCAUUCCUCUCCCAACUCCUCCCCAGUACCCUCCCCAGGCUCUCCUUCUGGAAUUGGUGUGGGCUCUCACUUCCAGCAUAGUCGGAGCCAGGGUGAGCGUCUUCUUUCUAGAGAAGCACCAGAGGAGCUAAAGCAGCAGCCCCUGGCCCUUGGGUAUUUUGUAUCAACUGCCAAAGCUGAGAAUCUUCCCCAGUGGUUUUGGUCAUCGUGUCCCCAGGCUCAAAACCAGUGCCCUCUCUUCUUAAAGGCUUCGCUGCAUCACCACAUUUCAGUAGCACAGACAGACGAACUUCUGCCUGCCAGGAAUUCUCAGCGGGUUCCACACCCUCUUGACUCCAAAACUACGUCUGAUGUUUUAAGGUUUGUUUUGGAGCAGUACAACGCUCUGUCCUGGCUCACGUGCAAUCCGGCCACCCAGGACCGUACUUCCUGCCUUCCCGUCCACUUUGUGGUGCUCACUCAGUUGUACAAUGCCAUCAUGAAUAUACUUUAAUUGGAAAAGCACUUGUUCUCUCUGGCUCAGUUCCUUCUCCCUGCAACCUCAGUCCAAGGAACCUGCUAUACUCUGCAAAUAACCCACAUCCUUUUCUUCAGACCACUCUCCACAGUCCUGCACUGUGAUUCCUUCUCAGCAGGCACAUGUCAGUUCUGCAGUGUUCAUUACCAGAGUGACUCCUUGACACUUCUCUCAUGGACCUGGAAACUUCCAUAAGUGGUGACUUUCAGCCAGUGCGGUGGUGUAUGUAGCCCCCAACCACUGGUCCCAGGAAGGUGGUGGUUGUUGGUGGCUUUUCAGCGGGAAACAGAAGAGACAGUGUCCUUUUGCACAAGAGUCUGUGUUUUCAGCCUCUGUAUACAAUUGAGGGCAGUCUAGCCCUUUGGAUGAAAUCCUCUAUUACUGGUGUGUGGCCUGUGGGUUACCUGAACUCCAUAAUCUGGGACUUUUUAAAAAUAAGAACCAGCUCAAGGAUAUGGUUUCAUACUGGGGUUCCUGUCUCCCUAGUGCUCCCAUCCAGAUUAGCAUGAGUGCUUUGGUUGACUUCACACCUGUGUGUGGAUGCAGAAGGUCUGGAGACAGCUUCAUUUUGUUUAUUUAUUUUAAUUUGUUUUGUCAUAUCGUUUUUGUGACUUUGUUUUUUUAAUUCACAAGGACCAGGUACAGUAGCUGAAACCCAAUUCAGAUCCACCAUAGGAUUCUUUGACUACAUACCUCUGUCCUAGAAGCCGGAAAAGGAGUAAAAACACAUUGGGGAGAUCAUGCCUAAAAGUAAUAUAUUCAAAACCACCCAGCAGUAGGUUUUGUUAACAACAAACUGAGUUUUAAAAGUUCUGCCAUGUUAAGUGGCCAGCAUUUCAUGAAGGAUAACAUUUUUAUACAGAAGGCAGUCAAGCUCAACUCAGAGCCAUGGAGGCAAGUACCUUAAUUAGUUUUAUAUAGUCACAACGGAAAUAUAUUUUCUAGUGAAUUCUUAUCGAAAGCCAGGUCUCUCCUCUCAUUAGAUCAAAAGGGACUUAUGUACAUACAACAAUUGAAAGUGUUUGCUCAUGAAAUCAGUUAUAAAUAUGGUGAAUUUUUUCUGGACCAUAGGAAUAUUAUUUCAAAGAAAUAUUACAACUUAACCAUUAAAUUAGUACUUGAAGUUGAGCCUUUGUGGUGGGACUUUUUAAAAAAAUGCCUUUUUAAAGCAUUAAUGGCGAAUUGCAGUAUUUUAUGACUCCUCAUUCCCGGCCCAGAGGGUUGUCUUUGAAACCCUGUUUCUAACCCUUGUGUUGUGCGUUUCUGUCUGAGGGCAGUGGGUGUGUACUGGCCUCCCGGGAGCCACUGUGACCAGGCCUUUGAGCUCUUGUCAUCUGUGGAGAGAAUCAUGCAAAUUUUAAAAGUUCUUCCAAGAGACUUCCAUGUCCUGGUUAUUAACAAAAAAGGAAAAAUGUAAUAAUUGAUAUGAUUUUGUAAAAGUAUUUUUCUUGAAAUAAUCUAAAGUUUAAAACAUUAUAUUAAAAAAAAAAAAGUUGUGUGGUGGGAAUGUGAAAGCAGAGAAAUAACUUGUAAAUGGAUAAUUUUCUUCUCUGUACCACCAAUUGAAGGGGGGGUUGACUUUCGCAAUGUAUAGGAGAAAAAAUCUGAUAUAUCAAACCAUUUGUAUCUAAUGUGUACAGUGUAAAAUUGACUUUAAAAAUAUUGCAGUGCUAUUUUUUCUUAAUCAGAAAGGAAAAUUCUCAAGGCCUUUUGAAGAGCAUAAGAAGAUGAAGAUUGUAAACUUGUAUAAAAUUAUCUUGGUGAGAAGACAAAUUGUAAAGUAGAUAUUUGUAAUCUUUUACCACUUUGGGGUUGCUUUUUUCCCGGAAUUCAUCAGAACUUUGAAUUUUUUUUUAAAUGGGCUGUUUUUAAUGCAGGGGCUUUUCUUCCCUAGAAACCCAAUUCUAAGCAGAAAAAGAAAAAAAAACAUAAAAAAUAAAAAAACCCGUACAAAAAACUUAAAAAAAAAAAAUGGCAGCAAAGGGUAGUUUUCAUCUGGUGUCUUUUAUUUAAGUUUUUUAAGUUAAGAAAAGCUGGUGACAUAUUUAUACGUUUUUGUGCAAAAAUAAAUGAAUGGCAAUAGAUUUUAAAAAAUCUUAUUAUGUACUUCUGUGUGAAAAAGUCUGUAUAAUAUUUCCCUUAAAUAUGCAUUAUUUUACUUGUGAGUUUUUUACUGAAUUAAUCUGAAAUGUACAAGCCCUGGAUUUGCUACAGAGUGAGAAGUUAUUUUAUUUUUUUUUAUUUUUAAUUUUGGAAAUUCUGCAGAAAUCAGAACUCUUACCAUGGUUUGAACAAAACACGGGGCAGUGGGGAGGGGAGAAGGGCGGGGUUGUCCAGCAUGCUUGUAUGUAUAUUUCAGAACCUUUUUUAAAUGUAAAAGCUGUACAUUUCUGGGAAGUUCUGAAUUUCUUUUGUUUCCUUUUUUCCUUCAAGCAUUUUGCAGUGAGCUUCUUUUAUAUAUAGCAAACAAUUUGAAAGAAUACAAAAAUAUGUGAAGUUCAUUUAAAAAAAUAACUACAGUAUAGCGCUGGUACAGUACACUAAAAGACUUUGAUAAAAAGAAACAAUAAUAAAAGGCCUCCAUUUUAAAUGUCAUUCAUAUAUACCUUGUGGAUGAGAGCUAUAUACUUUUACACACUUUUUUAGAGGAAUAAAUUAUUGAAUUACUGAAA